AUUCCCUUAGACGGGUACCUGACUAUCUCUCCAAAACAUUUUUGAAGUCAAAGAAGACGAACGAAUCUGCCUCAAAAAAUGAGGAGCGUUGUAGCUUUUGCAGCGGUUGUGCUGUUGGUACAAUUUCUGGUACCGACCUCUGCUUUGUUUUUCCGUCAUCGCCGUGAGCUCCCUGACCGCUUCGGCAAGAUAUUCCAGCGGGUGAAGAAAGAUAUCCACCGCCCCGUGGAGAAGAAGAGUCUCGCUGACCCCUUCGAGGAAUUUCUGACGCCGAAAAGAAGGAGCUUCCGCAGCCUGUUCGACACGCGCGUGAAGAGAGAUCUCCACCCGACCACGAAUAAUCUUCCCUCCGACCCCUUCGCCGAAUUUGUCAAGCGGAAGGAAAGAAGCUUGGGUGGCUUGUUUGACGGCUUGUUCGACGUUACCGAUUUCAUUAACAAGGUUGUGGAGGAAGAGAAAGAGAUGCUGGAGGCGGAGCAGGAAAUGAUGGAGAACGGAGACUUUGAAGUAGUCGAGAACACUUCUCGCGAGGAAGACGUCGGCAGUGGCGAGAAGGUCAUCGUACACGAAGAGGUACUCCAAGACAAGAAAACCGGCAUGUCCGUCGUAAUAGAUGAAAUCAGUAUGGAUGGGGAGGAAUAUGGAGACCUAUUCUCGUCCGAAGAGUCGUCUGACUGCGACGAAAAGAAGCCACCCAAAGAGAUCACGAAGAGGGACGUCAGCGGAGCCGAAGAAUACAAGAUGGCGGACGACGACGGUGUCCUUGAGCAGUUCAACGACUGGGUAAAGGAAAUUCUUGGAAUGUCCGACCCGAUGUUUGGACACGACACCGAAGAUUACCCGGAAAUGGCCGACGACAGCGCGGAGGAGCCCGACGAUGAUCCGGAAAUGACCGAUGAGAUCCCGAACACUUCCGAAGCCGAACCCGAAGAUGACGGCUUUAUGGAAUUCCUUGCCGAAAUAAAUGAGCUGGUGAGAGAUGAAGUCUUCGGCUCCGAUGAAUCUGAGGAAUCCGAUGAAAUGGAAAUCCCGAACAUUCCCGAAGUCACCGAAGCCGACGAUAAUCCGGAAAUUACCGAUGAUAUCCCGAACACUCCUGAUGCGACCGAAGCCGAAGACGACGGCUUUAAGGAAUUCCUUGCCGAUCUAAAGGAGCUGAUAAGAGAGGAAGUCUUCUCCAACGACGAUUCUGAGGAAUCCGAUGAAACCAUCGAGGAAGAUUUCCCUGACGACACCCUUAAGUCUGGUACUCAUGUGCCUACAAGAGAGAUCCUUGUGGGCAACAAAUUCAAGAUGGCGGACGGAAACAGUGUCCUUGAGAAGUUCAACAAGUGGUUCAAGGACGUUCUUGGCAUGACCGACCUGACGAAUGGAAAUGAGGACAAGUGCUCGGAGACCGACAACAACCCGAAUAUAAACGACGGCAUCCCUGACUCCACCGAAACCGCACACGAUGAGAACGAUGACGACUUUGAUUUUGAGCUCGAGGACUUUAGCUAUAAACGCGCACAAAUUACAGAGCUUUCAAGUGAAAAUGAGAUCCUACACUGAACAAAAAGAUGAGAUGAAUUAUUUUACCACACUCUCAAUGGU